UAUGCCGACGAAUAUCCCCAUUCCUCGCAAUAGCAUUCGAUCUCAAAUCUCCCAUCUCCCUCUAUCCUCUGAUCUUCCUUUUGCUUUGGCUGCAAUGGCGACGAAGAGGAGCGUUGGAACUCUCAAGGAGGCUGAUUUGAAGGGGAAGAGAGUCUUCGUGAGGGUCGAUCUCAACGUCCCUCUGGACGACAACUUCAACAUCACCGACGACACCAGAAUCCGUGCCGCUGUUCCCACUAUCAGCUACUUGAUGCAAAAUGGAGCUCGAGUCAUCCUCUCUAGCCAUUUGGGUCGCCCAAAGGGCGUCACUCCCAAGUACAGCUUGAAGCCUCUUGUUCCAAGGCUGUCUGAACUCCUUGGUGUCGAGGUUAAGAUGGCAAAUGACUGCAUCGGUGAGGAGGUCGAAAACCUAGUGGUGGCACUUCCAGAAGGAGGUGUUUUGCUCCUUGAGAACGUAAGAUUCUACAAGGAAGAGGAGAAAAACGACCCUGAGUUUGCCAAGAAGCUUGCCUCUCUUGCCGAUCUAUAUGUGAAUGAUGCAUUUGGCACUGCUCACCGAGCUCAUGCUUCUACAGAGGGUGUGGCCAAGUUUUUGAAGCCUUCUGUUGCUGGUUUUCUCAUGCAAAAGGAACUGGACUACCUUGUUGGGGCCGUGGCUAACCCCAAGAAGCCUUUUGCCGCCAUAGUAGGAGGCUCAAAGGUCUCAUCUAAGAUCGGAGUCAUUGAAUCCCUUCUGGAAAAGGUUGAUGUGCUCUUACUUGGCGGUGGUAUGAUCUUCACGUUCUAUAAGGCCCAAGGACAUGCUGUCGGGUCUUCUCUUGUGGAAGAGGACAAGCUCAGUCUUGCAAACUCUCUCAUGGAGAAGGCAAAGGCCAAAGGUGUCUCUCUUCUUCUCCCAACUGAUGUCGUUGUUGCAGACAAGUUUGCCGCUGAUGCUAACAGCAAGACAGUGUCGGCAUCUGAGAUUCCAGAAGGUUGGAUGGGCUUGGACAUCGGUCCUGACUCCAUUGAAACAUUCAGUGAAGCUUUAGACGAGACGCAAACGAUCAUCUGGAACGGACCGAUGGGUGUGUUUGAGUUUGAUAAGUUUGCAGUAGGAACUGAGGCCAUUGCUAAGAAGCUGGCAGAGCUCAGUGACAAGGGAGUGACAACGAUCAUCGGAGGUGGUGACUCAGUUGCAGCCGUGGAGAAGGUUGGUCUUGCAGACAAGAUGAGCCAUAUCUCCACUGGAGGUGGUGCCAGCUUGGAGCUUCUGGAGGGAAAACCACUUCCAGGUGUUCUCGCCCUUGACGACGCAUGAAUCCAUGCAGUUGCAUUUCGGUCUAGUGCCCUUUAGUGCUGGUCUAAUUUGCUUGGCCAUUUACGUGUUUCAUGUGCAAGAGUGUGCGAUAGAGAGCUGUUCACUUUAGCAACAAGGAUGCUGUCUUUUUCUUUUGGUUGACUUGGAAUGAAUAAAAAAAAAGAGUGGGUUUUCUCUG